AUGACACCAAAAAAAGUAGAUAUUAUCACGUUGGCAACUUGUUCCUUACACAAAUGGCUUCGGAAAACAUCUCCUAUGUACAUCACGCAACGAUGUGUCGAUUUUGAAGACAUUCAACAACGUGUUGUUAUACCAGGAACUUGGAGACAGCAGCUGCGCACAGCUUUGGAGCGUUUACCAGCAACACAUAAUAAGCAUGCUUCUCGACAGGCAGUUGCAAUAAGAAAUGCUUAUGCACAACUGUUUGUACCAACAGAAGCAGUAUCAUAG